AUGGCCUCCACAAGCGCCGUCCCAAACGGCGAAACCCCAACCCUCCGCUACGCAGAUAUCGGCAUCAACCUCACCGAUCCCAUCUUCACCGGCGUCUACCACGGCAAACGCGCCCACGAAAACGACCUCCCACACAUCCUAACCCGCGCCCGCACCGCCCACGUCCGCAAACUCCUCAUCACCGGCUCCGACCUCGAGGAAUCCCGCGCCGCGAUAGCCCUCUCCGAACAACACCCGAGACUCUGCUACGCGACGGUGGGAGUGCAUCCCUGCUCGGCGAAGACGUUCGGGAAGUAUCCAGAUGGACCGCAGGCUUUACUCGCGGCGCUGAAGAAGGUUGCCGUGGAGGGGAAGGAGAAGGGUUUCGUGAGGGCGUUUGGGGAAAUUGGACUUGAUUAUGAUCGGUUGCAACAUGCGGAUAAGGAGACGCAGGUUGAGUUCUUUGAGAAACAGCUCGAUGUGGCGGUGGAGGUGGGAUUGCCGCUUUUCUUGCAUUCGAGGGCGGCGGCGGAGGAUUUUGAGAGGAUUCUGUCGGCGAGGCUGGAGCGCUUGCCGAGGAGGGGUGUGGUGCACAGUUUUACGGGCUCGUUGGAGGAAAUGCGCCGGAUCGUCGACCUCGGCUUUGAUGUGGGCAUCAACGGGUGCAGUCUCAAGACGGAGGAGAAUCUCGCGGUGGUGAAGGAGGUUCCAUUGGAAAGGCUACAGAUCGAAACGGAUGGGCCCUGGUGUGAAAUGCGGCCGAGCCAGGCGAGUGCAAAGUUUGUGGAGGAUGCGCCGCCGUUGCCCAAGGCGGUGAAGAAGGAGAAGUGGAAUGAGGAGUGUAUGGUCAAGGGGAGGAAUGAGCCUUGUACGAUUGGACGGGUUGCGUGGUGUGUGGCCAAGGUGAAGGGGUUGCCGGUGGAGGAGGUUGCUGAGGCCGCAUGGCGGAAUUCAAUACGCAUGUUUGGGCUGGGUGAGACGAGUGCGUGA